CUCAUUACUGAUUACUCAACUCCAUAACACCAAACCCAAACGCAUAAACAAAAAGGGCAGAGCAGCGUAAAGACUUUCCUUCCCUUCCCAUUUCUUCUUCUUCUUCUUCCUCCUCGCGUUUCAACGACAAAUAUAUUUCCAUUCCCCUACAAGAAAACACCACCUCCAACGGAGAAAAGGGAAAAGGGGCAGAAGUUUUAAGCCACCCUUAAUAAGCUCCAUCCCCCUCCCCCUCCCCCUCCCCCGUCUCCUCUCGUCUCCUCUUUUUUCUGUCCGAAAUUCUAACACUGUCCAACACGUAGUAGUUUCUUCUUCUUUUUCUUUCUUUCUUCGGGGCUCGGCUUUUCGCUGAAGCCUUCCUUCCUCUUCCCCAAAUCUCCUAAUUGUUCGCAUCUCCUCUCUAUUUCCCCAUUCCUCCCUCCCUCCUUCCAAUUUCACCUUACCCAUCCUGUGAUUCUUCUCUGUAGCUGUUUUCUGUUGAGGAAGGUAAAAAACCACAGAUGGGCAUGGCGGGGCAGGUGGUGAAAGUGAAGAGGGCGGCAUUAGAGGCAUGCAUGACAUGUCCUCUCUGCGAUAAGCUACUCAGGGAAGCUACGACCGUCUCUCUCUGCCUCCAUACGUUUUGCAGAAAAUGCAUAUAUGGCAGACUCUCAGAUGAUGAAGUUGAUACCUGUCCUGUAUGCGAUAUCGACCUGGGUUGUCUGCCAGAGGAGAAACUCAGGCCGGAUCACAAUCUGCAAGAUAUAAGAGCUAAAAUAUUUCCAUCUAAAAGAAGAAAAGUUGAGCCUGCUACCGAAGUUGUCACUUCUGUCGCACUGCCAGCAAAGAGAAAAGAGAGAUCCUUAUCAUCUCUGGUUGUCAGCACUCCCAAAUUGCCCGUAGAAACUGGUUCAACCGGGAGAAGAUCCAAAGCUGGACCAAGAAAACCUUCUGGGUUACGAGGUUGUAGUUUUACCACUGAAGAAUCAAACAAAGAUGAAGAAGAAGAUUCUGCAGAAGCAGAAGAUGAUCAUCAUCCAAUCAGCUCAAGCUCCCCUGAGUCCCAGAAUAAAAUUCCACAAAGGAAAAGGCAGCAAUCCGCUGCUGCUGAGCCUUCUAAUGGGCAGCAACAAAUGGAUGGAAAUGGUGAGGAUGAUGGUGAAGUAGUGGAAGGGAAAGCUGAUCUGUGGACACCCUUAAACUGUCUAGUUGAAGCUGCUAACAGAACCAAGUCGUUGAAGUCAAACUCACAACAAUUGCAGUCUGUUGCCAACUCAGAGAUUUUUUCGACUGUACCUGAUCUCGAAUCCAGAACCCUAGAUAAGCAAUUGAAUGUAGAGUCUCCUAUUGUUGGUCAGGGUGGAGAAACAUACAUCCUCCAUGAGAGCAAAAAUAAAGAACCCGAUCAGGGAUUCAAUGGUGAAGAUGAUGAUAAGGGGUCAAAUAAUCCGACUGCACCACCAGUCAAGCGUAGAAGGUUAACCGCAGCAAGAAGAAGGGCAGCUUUGUCAGAAGAGCUCAGUGCCUCAGCACAGGCUGUACUGGAUUCUACAAUGAACAGGGCAAACCGGAGAAACUGUGCUGUUUGGAGGGGAGAUGCUUCACUGCCACAGAUUCCUGCUUGUUACUUGAGGAUCAAGGAUGGUAAAAUGCCGGUGUCAUUCAUUCAGAAGUACAUUGUGAAGAAACUUGAGCUUAGCAGUGAGGCUGAAGUAAGUUCAUAUUAUGUUUUGUCUGAUUAUGCUUCUCCGUGGAAGGAGUCAUCAUGAGGAUAGUUUGUGUUAGUUAGUUUGUUCGUUAGGCUGAUGUGGCAGUGGCGGUGGUUGUGACAGGUGGAGAUAAUGUGCCAAGGACAGCCGGUGGUUCCAACGCUGCAACUGCACAACUUGGUGGACUUAUGGUUCAGGAAUGCAUCGACCAAGAGAGUGGAAGUACCUGUGGGUUCUUCUGCCAGGGACUUUGUAAUGGUCCUGUCUUACUGUCGUAAACUCCAUCAGCAGGCUUCUUAGAACGUACCCCCUACACAUAGUUUUUGUGCCAUCCUUCCUUCUGUUGUUCCUGCUUUACUUACUCUCAUCCUUUCUCUUUUUGUUUUCUUUUCCCCCAUAGUUUACGAAGUAUACAAGUGUAAGGUCUAUGAUUAAAUUUAUUAUAUUGGUUAGUCACUUCAGUUCUUCAUGUAAUGUUCCUUUCUCUACGUAGGGUGAUACAACAGUUGUUUGAGACUGGUAUGCAAUGUGCAGUCGUAAUCUUGUAAUAAUCCAAUUACGAACAAAAGCAAAUGC